GAAAAAUCUGGACUGAACAGAUAAAGCACUGAGGCCAAACUCUUCCCCAUCCUCAGCUGCAGAGGCUUUCCCUCCAACCAAAGGGUUACCGGUUCAGAGCAGAGGAGCACAGCAGAGAGGUGUACGAUGAUCGAGAGCGACAGAGAGCUUUCAGCCAUGGUGCAGGAGCUGUGGGACAACGACACCAACCGACUGCGGCCCGGGAAGGACUACCGCAUCUCACUGCAGGGAAAGGUGGGAGACACGAUGGGCAGCGAUGACAAAAACGACGCGGCUGGAUUUCCUCUUUUCACAUAUGUGGACGAAAGUAUUUUCAAAAAGGAGACAUUUUUAGCUUUUAUCUCUCUUCUGGACAACUACGAGAGCGACACAGGCGAACCGGAGAUCGUGACCCCAGAAGAAGAGGCUGAGAACCACAAGUUCCUCGACUCAAUCAUGCAAACUCCCACAAUGAAGAUUGCUCAUAAGUACCUGGUGGAGAAGAACCUUUCCCCCAAGAACCAGGAGGAGUUUAAGGAGCAGCUGUACAGGAUCUGGUUUGAGCUGUACGCACGCAGAGGCUCCAGCAGGCCAGACUCUUCAGGUUUUGAGCACGUUUUUGUGGGAGAGACGAGAGGAGGCCGCACAGUCAUCGGUUUCCACAACUGGAUCCAGCUCUAUCUGCAGGAGAAGCUGGGACACAUCGAUUAUAAAGGCUACAGCGUCAACGCCAACUCGCCCCUGCCCGAUGAGAAUAAACACAUCCUGGCCCUGCAGUUCAGCUGGAAGAACGGCAUCAAACCCAAAGGCAGCAUCUUCAUCGGCGUCAGUCCCGAGUUUGAGUUCGCGCUCUACACCCUCUGUUUCCUCUCAUCUCCCAACGAACGCGUCAAAGUCCAGUUCAGCCUGUACGACGUGGAGAUCGUUUGCCACCACUACAACCAAAAACACAUCGGCACCACUUACCCAGUCCUGCUCAAGUACCAGAGCGUGGAGUAG